AUGCACAAGUUUCGCCACCAGGCCAAAGUUGCCGCGUGGUACAAUGAUCCGAAUGACGAUGCCAAUUUGCCCAUCAGAAAUCCCUUUGCGAAAUGGAAACCCAAUUCCAGGUCGAAUACGUUGCGGCGCAUUGAGAACGGCGACGGUAAUGGCUCGCCCCUGACUGCUACGAGAACCGACGAUCCCAAUGACUAUCGGCCUUCUUCAUCGAGAGAGAGGGGUGAAGAACUUGGAGUGAAUCCGUCUGUGAGACACGCGGCGACGACACCAAAUGCUAGAUCUUCUACAACACCCAAUGCACCUGGCAAUCAAGUCGACAUGCCUCGCUCUCUGAGUCCAGCGAAUUCGGAAAGAGGUCUUGGAGACGAGUUUCGGACGGGAACUGAAGAUGGGCUGAGCAGCGACACGUACACAUAUGGCAAGCCCAGUCAACCAGAAGAGGGGGGUUCGCUGCGCAACCGUACUUCGGGUGACAAAAACGUCGAGAAACACGGCAUCAAGACCAUCUUCAGCCGUGACUCCAGACAAGAGAAGGAUGACGAUGGCAAGGACAAGCCAGUAUUUACCGCGUGGAGUCAAAUCCGAGCAACACUGUUCAAUUCCUGGAUCAAUGUCCUUCUCAUUGCCUCGCCGGUUGGCAUUGCGGUCAACUACGCCGAUGUUGAUCCUGUUGCCGUUUUCGUCAUCAACUUCAUCGCCAUCAUCCCUUUGGCGGCCAUGUUGAGUUAUGCCACUGAAGAGAUUGCUUUGAGGACCGGCGAAGUUCUUGGUGGCUUGCUUAACGCCUCCUUUGGCAAUGCGGUCGAGCUGAUUGUUUCCAUCAUUGCUCUGGCGAAAGAUCAAGUCUUGAUCGUCCAAACUUCUUUGAUCGGUAGCAUGCUGUCGAAUCUUCUGCUGGUCAUGGGCAUGUGCUUUUUCUUCGGGGGUGUCAAUCGCAUGGAACAGGCCUUCAACAUCACAGUGGCUCAGACUGCCUCGAGUUUGCUCUUCUUGGCCGUCAGCAGUCUGAUUAUCCCUACCGCCUUUGAACAAUGGGCUCGAACUGGAAAUGGCACCUCCAACACCGAAACCGCUACGACCGAGAACGCCAAACCCGGCGUGGCAGAAUUGAGCAGAGGCACAGCCAUCCUUCUCCUCAUUGUCUAUGCUUGCUACCUCUUUUUCCAACUCAAAAGCCACUCGGCAAUCUACAACGCCCCCAGCGCGAAGAAUGAGACGCGCGAUGUGGGCACCAAGUUCAAGAACGCAGUGAUUCCUGAUAAGCUCCGCUCUAAGAAAGCACCAGGAGCCGAGACUCCAGAGCCGGUGGAGGAUGAGCCUGAACAACCUCAACUAUCCAUCUGGGUUGCUGUGCUGACAUUGACAAUCUCCACGGUCCUUGUUGCCCUGAACGCCGAAUUCUUGGUUGAUUCAAUCAACGCCAUCACCUGCGGCGGUGGCAUUUCGAAAAAUUUUGUCGGUCUCAUAUUACUUCCGAUCGUCGGCAAUGCUGCAGAACACGCAACGGCCGUCACAGUUGCCGUGAAAGACAAGAUGGAUUUGGCCAUCGGUGUCGCUGUCGGCUCCAGUAUGCAAAUUGCACUUCUGGUACUCCCAUUCGUGGUUGUUUUGGGCUGGAUCAUUGGCAAAGACGAUAUGACUUUGUUCUUUGAUGGCUUCCAGAUCGCAGUCUUGUUCGUGGCCGUUCUACUCGUCAACUACCUGAUUAGCGACGGCAAGUCACAUUAUCUUGAGGGUAUCUUGCUGAUGACUUUGUACAUCAUCAUUGCGGUCGCCGCCUGGUUUUAUCCCACCGCACCUGGCCUCAGCGACUGCCCGAGCGACUCAUGA